AUGUUUGGAUCUGCAUUUGUUAUCGCAUUGUUUUGUCUGUCUAACGUUCAUGGGGAGGUUUAUUUCGAGGACCGAUUCACAGAGGGCAACAUUGACAAAUGGGAAAAGUCCAAAUAUGAUGAAAGCAACUUGGGUCUCUGUGAAUAUGCAAAACCGAAAGGAGGCUUUGAUGAUAAGGAAGAUGGGGGAAUGCGAACGUCGCAAGAUGCUCGGUUUUACCGAUACUCAGCUCCAUUUAAUAAGCCCCUGUCCAAUAAAGACAAAACAAUAUGCGUGCAAUUUACGGUGAAGCACGAGCAGAAUAUUGAUUGCGGCGGUGGUUACGUGAAGUUGCUGGGGGAAUCCUUCAAACCGGAAGAUUUUCAUGGCGAAAGUCCCUAUGAAAUAAUGUUCGGGCCUGAUAUUUGUGGCUAUGACAAGAAAAUUGUACAUGUCAUUUUCUCCUAUAAGGGCAAGAAUUAUCUCGUAAAAAGAGACAUUCCAUGCAAGUCAGACACACUUAUCCAUUUGUAUACACUUAUCGUUCGCCCUGAUAACACGUUUGAAGUCUUGAUUGAUAACAAGACUGUUGAGACCGGUUCUCUUGUUACCGACUUCGAUAUGAUCCCUCCAAAAACAAUUGAUGAUCCUGAUGCUAAAAAACCGGAAGACUGGGUAGAUGAGGCAGAAAUCCCCGAUCCUGACGAUAAGAAGCCCGAUGAUUGGGAUCAGCCCAAGACCAUUGUUGAUACUAACGCAAAACAACCAGAGGACUGGAACGAAGAAACGGAUGGCGAGUGGACGGCUCCUAUGAUCGAUAACCCUGAUUACAAGGGUGAAUGGCAUCCUAAGAUGAUACCGAAUCCCGCCUAUAAGGGAGAGUGGAAGCCUCCACAGAUUCCUAAUCCAGAUUACUUUGAGGACAACGAACUUUACGCUCGCACAUUUUCUCAUAUUGGUCUUGAUCUCUGGCAGGUGAAAUCUGGGACAAUUUUCGAUAAUUUCAUCGUUUCGGACGAUGUGUUUGAGUGCCAAGCUCACGCUGAGUAUUGGCAAAAACGAUUUGCAUUUGAAGAGGAGCAGGAGAAGAAGAGUUUUGAGGAUAAGGAUAAGGACUCCUCCACCACCAGUGGUUUGUCGGAGAGUGAGGAUGAGGAAGUGGAUCUCGAGGAGGGAAGCGAUGCUUCUCCGAAGGAUGAAUUGUGGACGAUUUCUGAGGCUGAAGCCGAGAAGCUAGGGAAAUUUGAGUUUGCCAAGCCUGAUCCCACCUUUGGCGAGGAGGGAGGUGGUGGAAUGAAUACCACAGAGGCGGCACGGUUCUAUCGCUAUUCAGCACCCUUUAAAAAAGCAUUCUCAAAUAAGGACAAGAUUAUGUGCGUCCAGUUUAGUGUUAAGUAUGAGCAGGGAAUGGACUGUGCCGGUGGGUACAUUAAAUUACUAGGGAAAGAGUUCAAUCCAAAGGAAUUUACUGGCGAAACACCCUAUGAAAUCAUGUUCGGUCCCGACUUUUGCGGGUACUCAACUCGGCUUGUACAUCUUAUCUUCUCUUAUGAAGGAAAGAAUCAUUUGAUUAAAGACUCCAUCCCAUUUUCCUUGGACAAUAUCACGCACCUCUUCACGCUUACUGUUUACCCCAACAACACCUUUCAAGUAAAAGUGGAUGAAGAAAUUAGGAGAAAUGGAUCCUUGGUGGAUGACUUUGAAAUGCUCAAACCACGCACGAUUGACGACCCAGAGUCGAAAAAACCCGAGGACUGGGUGGAUGAAGUAAUGAUUUCCGAUCCAGACGACAAAAAACCCGAUGGCUGGGAUAAACCUAAAACCAUUGUCGACAUGACCGCAACUAAACCAGACGACUGGAAUGAUGAGACAGAUGGAGACUGGUCACCGCCAAUUAUUGACAACCCAGAGUACAAGGGUGAAUGGUAUCCCAAACGUAUUCCCAACCCUGCCUACAAAGGACCAUGGAAAGCACCUCAAAUUCCCAAUCCUGAUUUUGUUGAUGAUCCUUACUUGUAUUCACGCACCUUUGCGUACAUUGGCAUUGAUCUCUGGCAAGUACAAUCGGGUACUCUAUUCAGCAACUUCAUUGUCACUGAUGAUCCGAGUGAGUGUGAAGCUCAUGCCAAGUACUGGAGACUCAGAUUUGAGGCUGAAAAGGAAACCAAGAAGGAUACAUCUGACGAAGAGUCUCCGCGCUUCUUUGAAACAUCAUCCAACUUUGAUCAGUUGAUUCGUGAAAGGGCUGAGGAAGAAGCGAAAAAGACAGCAGAUUCACCACAAGAAAUGCCUGAGGUGGACAAAGAAAAGGAAGUCGUGAAGGAACCCCACGAAGAGCUCUAA